AUGUCAACGCCUGAAGAAGCCCCCUCGAGGUCGUCAACUCCACGAGGGUUCACUGCCCCAACCGCAACGACAGAAGACCUUCUCAAGUCACAAACAGUAGGACUUGUCAACCUCGCCGACUUCCGCAAACGACGCGCCGAUGUCUUAGAACAGAAAGAGAAAGAGGCUCGUGAUGGCUCGAGCGGACUUCGCACCCCGGAUGUGGAAGAUAGUGAUGGUGCGCUGAACACAACCAGUGGCCAACGACCGAAAAAGAAGAAAAAGAAGGCGGCUAAGGGCUUACUGUCCUUUGGAGGUGAUGAAGAGGACGAGGACGGCGACAACGCUGGAAACACCAAAAUCAGCUCACGGCCGACCUCUGCUAGUGGUCUACGUGCCUCCACCGAGCCGCACCUAGAUUCGUCAGAGGACACCAUACCUCGAAGAAAGUUAACACCCAACCCGAACUCGUCACUACCCGCCCCUCGAGCCUUGACCAAAGCUGCUCGGACGGCUGAAGCCCUUGCACGCGACAAACUGAGGAAAGAGUUCCUGGAGAUUCAAGAGGUGGUCAAAGAAACGGAGAUUUCCAUCCCGUUUGUCUUCUAUGAUGGCGCCAACAUUCCUGGCGGACGAGUCAAAGUGCGCAAAGGAGAUCACAUCUGGCUAUUCCUGGAAAGAUGUCGAAAGGUUGGCGCUGAGCUGGGCGUCGCUGGUUCUGGUUCUGGAGGUGGAGGAUCCAGUUUCAAAAGCAAAGAGGACAGCAAGAAGCAGUGGGCUCGUGUCGGAGUCGAUGAUCUCAUGUGCGUCAGAGGUCAGGUCAUUGUGCCUCAUCACUACGAGUUCUACUACUUCAUUGCCAACAGAAUCCCUGAUCCAGCGCGGGAAGGCCGGCUCUUGUUCGAGUACUCUGGCACUGCUUCUGCCAGAAGCCAGACUUCGGAGACUAACUUGCUCCGGGUGCCUGGACAGGAUGAUCUAGAGGGCUAUAAUGAUGACCCAGCAUUGACCAAAGUGGUGGACCGGCGAUGGUAUGAAAAGAAUAAACACAUUUACCCAGCAAGCGUUUGGAAAGAAUUCAAGGUGGGCAAAGAAUUCGAAGAAUUGGCAAAGGGACGGAGGGAUGCUCAGGGCAAUGCUUUUUUCUUCAGUUGA